AGAGAGUGGUUUGUUAGCACUGUGGUAUUAUUCACAUGAAGAAGUUGCACUUUACAGAAGAUAACAUGAGGUGCCUGCUGCUGACCAAAAUCUACUUUCUGACUUUGCUGUUUCUCUCUUAUCUGCACAUGGCCCUAGGAAAAAACGAUUCUAGCGUGGAACAGGGGCUGCAUGUGAAUGGGGUCAAUCGGUUCACUCCCUAUGAGAGCAGCACAAAGGCUUCCUCUACUGUCUCUGGAACAGACUGCCCAAAGAAGCCUCAGCCCAUUUUAGUAAUCCAGAAACCAGCUGCUGUGGAAGUGAUAGAAGGUUCUACACUGCGCAUGGAAUGCUAUCUCCAGAUAAACAGCAGCAUUUGGUAUAUUCAGUGGUUUAAGAAUGGAAUAAAAUUAACUAACUCAAACCGAAUGUCAAUAAUUACAAGAGAAAAAGAAAGUCGUUUGAUUCUGAACAAGAUUGAGAAAACAGAUUCUGGAAUCUACACGUGUAAACUUUUUGACCACAAAAAUUGUCUCUUUUCCAGUAAUGGAACACAGCUGACUGUUGAUGAGAUUACAGAUUUGAUGGUGAAUCAGACUCCAGAGCACAUCAAUCAAAAAGAAGGGGCAAAUGUUACCAUUGAAUGUCGAUUCAGGACUAUCAGUGUGACAUCCACAGAUGUGAGGUGGUACAGAAAUGAAAGCAAGCUGAACAGUGCAGGAGACUCACUCAGAACACAAGUGGACCUGAAAAGAGGCUUUUCUUCUCUCACUCUAACAAAUGCUGCUGUGAGUGACUCAGGGAACUAUCAAUGCCAAGUGGAGAGCAGAUCUAGGAACUUGAUAGGAUCAGGAAAAGCAUCUAGAGUUGCCAUCACAGCAGAUUUACCUGCCCAUAUCACAAAACAGCAGGGUACCAGCCUUGUCAUCAUUGGAGGUGGGGCUGGAGCUGGAGUUGCCAUCCUCUUGCUGGUGGUGGCCGGUGUCAUUAUGUGGAAACACAGAUCCAAAGUAAGCAGAUCAGAGUUAGAAACUUCUCCAGCCAAAGAAACUGAACUGCAUCCACCUUUAGUCAGCCAACCCAGCGAAGUGACCUACGCCGACCUCCACUUCAACAAAAGGGAAGUGCGACCAGAUGCUGAAGUCGUUUAUGCAGAAGUGAGAGCCCCUCAGAAGCAGCCAGCCUACCAAGAUGCCAAGCAGAUGCGACCAGCAGGCAACCAGAGGAGAUGAGGCAGAACGGAACCAGGAGACAGACAAUCCCCUGCAGACCGUUUUCGGAAGACCCCGAGUGAACUGACUUUCUGGGAACAGGAGAGCUGCUGUGUCCCGCCCACUUCCGGCAGCCACACUGAUGAGCAGACUGAGCUGCUAAGUGGAUGACUGACCCUUAUAGUGCUGCCCUGGCACUCUGUAUCUCUCCAGCCCUUCUCCAUAUCCCACCCCUCAAAAAAUCAGACAAGAAAAGGGGGAAGAGCACAGAGGGGACAGAGCUUAAGUUCCUCUGCAGGAGUGUAGAUGGGAUGUCCCCUUGAGCUACGCAAAGAAUGUAUGAACUUAAAAAUGUAUGACUCUAAAGCAGCUCUGAUGGA